AGCUGUUCGUCGGUUACGACGCUAGUCCCAGCUCAGCGCUACCGUCCCCCGACGUGGUACUGCAGAGCGAAGUUCUCGGGCCGCGCUCCCUUCCCGCCAGGCGCCCUCCCUCUUCGGGAGCCUGGGUCCCCAAGGUGGCCGCGGCGGCUGGACCUCAGGCCAGGCCGCGGGGGGAGGGGGCGGCCUGGAGGCAGUGGCGGGGUCAGCCGGGCCACCGAAAGCGGGGCCAUGGAGCCCAGGGAGUCGGGGAAGGCUCCUGUGACGUUUGAUGACAUCACAGUAUACCUGCUCCAGGAGGAAUGGAUGCUGCUGAGUCAGCAGCAGAAGGAGAUCUAUGGUUCCGACAAGCUGGUGGCACCACUGGGACCAACUGUUGCUAACCCUGACGUGUUCUGUAAGUUUGGACAAGGGCCAGAGCCAUGGCUAGGCAAUGUCCAGGACCAGAGGAGUCUCCUGGACCGUCACCCAGGAAAAAACCAGAUGGGCUACUUGGAAGAAAUGGAUGUGCAAGUUCCUGCCAGGGAGAGUAGACGAUACCUCCCGCCUCAAAAGAAAGCCUGCCUUUCCCACUGCAGUAUGGACAAUGGCAACAUCGAGGGAGACUGGACAGGAAGAAGCAAGAAACUCCUAAAGCCCCGGUCUAUCCAGAAGUCGUGGUUUACACAGUUUCCAUGGUUGAUCAUGAACGAGGAACAGACGGCUCUGUUUUGCUCUGCUUGCCGGGAAUACCCAUCUGUUAGGGACAAAAGGUCAAGAUUAAUAGAAGGUUAUACAGGACCGUUCAAGGUGGAGACUCUGAAAUACCAUGCCAAGAGCAAAGCGCACCUGGUCUGUGUCAGUGCCUUGGCAGCAAGGGACCCCGUUUGGGCAGCCCGUUUCCAGAGCGUCAGAGAUCCACCUGGAGAUGGCCUGGCCAGCCCAGAGCACCUCUUCACUGCAGAUUAUCCCGUGUUCUACGCCCCAGGGUCUCUGGGAGAUUUUGGUAGCAUGGCUGAGCUCCUGCCAACCUCAAGAGCUGAACUAGAGGACCCCAGGGGGAAUGGAACAAUUCCUGCCUUGUAUCUAGACUGCGUUUCAGAUUUGAGACAAAAAGAAAUCAUUGAUGACAUCAACAGCUCUUCAAACAUUAAUGUUUUAUGUAAUGAUGCUGUUGAAUCCUGCAGUCAGGACCUUUCUGAAGAGGGGCUGUUGGAGGAGGUCCCUGUGGUGUUGGAGGAGCUCCCGGCGGUAUUUGAGGAUGUGGCGGUGUAUUUCACCCGGGAGGAGUGGGGCAUGCUAGACAAGCGGCAGAAGGAGCUGUACAGAGACGUGAUGCGCAUGAAUUAUGAGCUCUUGGCAUCCCUGGGGCCUGCAGCUGCCAAACCGGACUUGAUCUCCAAACUGGAACGGAGAGCUGCACCCUGGAUCAAGGACCCAAACGGGCCAAAGUGGGGGAAAGGUCAUCCUCCAGGGAAGAAGAUGACGGUGGCUGUCGGAGAGGUAGACACACAGGCCUUGGCUGUAGACUCUGCACUGCUUCCAGCUCCUUCUGUGGAGACGUGUGCCUCCUACUGUGGCUCCAGCAUCUGUGAAGUAGAAGUGGACGGGCCUAGGAAAAUCAAGAGGACUUACAGACCCCGUUCGAUUCAGAGGUCGUGGUUUGGGCAGUUCCCAUGGUUAGUAAUUGACCCAAAAGAGACCAAGCUCUUCUGCUCAGCCUGCAAAGAAAGACCUAAUCUCCAUGACAAAUCAUCUCGUUUAGUCAGAGGUUACACUGGGCCUUUUAAAGUGGAGACUUUGAAAUAUCAUGAAGUCAGCAAAGCACACAGGCUCUGUGUCAACACUGUUGAAAUCAAAGAAGACAACCCCCAGACUGCCCUCAUCCCGGAGAUCUCCAGUGACCUCAUGGCGAACAUGGAACACUUUUUCAAUGCUGCCUACUCCAUCGCGUACCACUCAAGGCCCCUGAAUGACUUUGAGAAAAUCCUGCAGCUCCUCCAGAGCACUGGGACUGUGAUUUUAGGCAAGUACCGAAACCGCACCGCCUGCACUCAGUUCAUCAAAUACAUCUCCGAGACUCUGAAGAAGCAGAUCCUCGACGAUGUCCGGAAAUCCCCCUGUGUGAGCAUCUUGUUGGACAGCUCCACUGACGCCUCUGACCAGGCCUGCGUGGGGAUUUAUAUCCGCUACUUUAAGCAGAUGGAGGUGAAGGAGUCGUACAUCACCCUGGCCCCGCUCUACAGCGAGACAGCGGAUGGGUACUUUGAGACCAUUGUUUCUGCCCUGGAUGAGCUGGACAUCCCUUUCCGGAAGCCUGGCUGGGUGGUGGGCCUGGGAACAGAUGGCUCAGCCGCGCUGAGCCGCAGAGGUGGCCUUGUGGACAAGUUCCAGGAGGUUAUCCCCCAGCUUCUGCCCGUCCACUGUGUGGCCCACCGGCUGCACCUGGCCGUGGUGGAUGCAUGUGGGAACAUCGAUCUGGUGAGGAAGUGCGACCGGCACAUCCGCACCGUCUUCAAGUUUUAUCAGUCCUCAAACAAGAGGUUGAACGAGCUGCAGGAAGGUGCAGCUCCACUGGAGCAGGAAAUCACCCGCCUGAAGGACUUGAACGCUGUCAGGUGGGUGGCCAGUAAGAGGCGCACGCUAAACGCACUCCUCGUGAGCUGGCCGGCCCUCACUCGGCACCUCCAGAGUGUGGCAGAGGCCGGGGGCCAGGUUGGGCACAGGGCCAAGGGCAUGCUGAAGCUGAUGAAGGCCUUCCAUUUCAUCAAGUUCUGCCACUUCCUUUUGGACUUCCUGAGCAUCUACAGGCCUCUGUCUGAGGUGUGCCAGAAGGAGGUUGUGCUGGUUACAGAGGUCAAUGCCACGUUGGGCCGGGCCUACGUAGCACUGAAGACCCUCCGUCACCAGGCAGGGCCCAAAGAGGAAGAGUUCAAUGCCAGCUUCAAGGAUGGGCAGCUUCAUGGCAUCUUCUUGGACAGGCUGGAGCUGGCAGAACAGCGGUUCCAGGCAGACAGGGAGAGAACCGUCCUGACCGGGACUGAGUACCUCCAGCAGAGGUUUGAUGCCGACCGUCCCCCACAACUCAAGAACAUGGAGGUGUUUGACACCAUGGCCUGGCCAAGUGGGAUUGAACUUGCCGCUUUUGGGAACAGUGAUAUUCUCACCCUUGCCAAGUAUUUUGAGCUCUCUCUCCCUGCAGGAUACAGUGAGGAAGCUCUGCUGGAGGAGUGGCUGGGCCUGAAAGCCAUCGCCCAGAACCUCCCGUUCUCCAUGCUGUGUAAAAAUGCCCUGGCCCAGCACUGCCGCUUCCCCCUGUUGAGCAAGCUCAUGGCGGUGGUGGUCUGUGUGCCCGUCUCCACCUCCUGCUGUGAGCGGGGGUUUAAGGCCAUGAACCGCAUCAGGACCGACGAGAGGACCAAGCUCUCCAAUGAGGUGCUCAACAUGCUCAUGAUGACAGCUGUGAAUGGCGUGGCAGUCACAGAGUACGACCCCCAGCCCGCCAUCCAGCACUGGUACCUGACCUCCUCAGGCCGACGUUUCAGCCACGUCUACGCCUGUGCCCAGGUGCCGGCCCGCUCCCAUGAGAGUGCGGGGCUCAGGAAGGAGGAGCUGGGCGCCCUCUAUGUAGAGGGGUCCGGGAACCAGGAGCCGCCCGUGCUGCCCUCCAGGGAGGCGGUGGAGGUUCGGAAGGACUGCGUCACGGAGCCUUCCAGAAGACUCCUGUACCCCAGCACCAGCCAGGGGGCCCCCAGCAUGUCCUGAGGGAGAGGGAUCCUUGCCUUGGAGAUGCCCCUGUGGUCAUGGGGACAGCUGUCUGCAGAUGCUAGGCUGCCCUAGAGUCGUCCUUUCAUUGGGGACGCUCUCUAAGCACCAGAAAGUGGGCAGUGACAAGGUAGUCAAAGGUCACAUCCCAGAGAGGCAAGGGAGGCGCACAGCCUGUUUCCGAGGCCCCUCCAGGCACAGCGGUGCCUCUUAGCACGUAAAUGUGCUAAACGGUUCUUAUCUCAAGUUCAUUUUUAAGGUGCUCUAGGAAAUAAUCCCAUCAUGAAAGAUUUCACCCCCUGUUCUGGUGGCAAGAGAACUUUUCUGAAGUGGGAGAGACUAUUGAGGUAGGGGCUUACAGCAGCACCCCGCCCUCUGGACAGCCCUGGGGAGCAUUCCGGGGAGGCUGCACACAGCCUUAGUGGCAAGGGGGAAAGGUCACUUUGUUAGAGGUGGAGGACAACCCCAUUCUAGGGGCAGCGGGCCUGGCUGCAAGAGCUCCUAGGAGUCAUUGUUCUGGGGUCUCUCACCCUGGCUCCUGCAGCUCAGGUGGGGAACUUGCCUCCCAGGGCUUCCUUUAGGACAAAACAGACACAAACCCUUUGCAGAGAGCACUCGGGAGAGCUUCGGUUCCCACAGCUCCCUACGGGGCAGCCGGUGCCCUCCGUGUGGAGCCAGGUGCUUCCCACGCCGGAGCACGGUCUGACCCGCAGCACGCGAACCCGUGUUCCUCAGGAGCGGACGGGCCCACGUUGGAGUUGGGAGGCUUAGGUUGCAGCCCCAGUUCUGCUGCAGGCCGUGGGUUGACUGUGAUUAAUCCCUUCCUCUUUUCUGUGCCUCAGUUUCCCUCUCCAUGGAGUGGCAGCAGAGAAUCCAAGUGCCUGCUGACUCCCCGUCUGCCAUAGGAUUAGUGCAUGAGAGAGCCUCGAGCCCCUUGAAAGACAGACUCCGGCCAGCACAGUGUGGACUUAGCUGCCUUCAGCCCCUGUCCUCGUCCUUAGUGGGACAGGUAUGAAUUUACCUCCAAAGCCCUUAUUGUGGUAAGAGGCGCUCUCCAGAUGUACCAUCUGCGUGACAGUCUAGUCCACUCCUCUCCAAGUGGCGCCGGGGCCUCUGCAUUGGAGUCGCUAGGGCUCCACCCAGACGCGCUGAAUCAGAUCCCGGUGCUGGGCUCAGCGACUGGGGGUUUCUAAUAAGCUCCCCAGGAGCCCUGGGCACGCUCUAGCCUAAGAACCAGUGCCCUCGGCACGGAAGGGCGUCUGGUACUGCUACGUUCACAGUCCCUGUCGCCACCUCUUCCCAUUCAGCCUAAAGUGAAGCACUUUUCCUUCCAGGGGUCGCUCAGGAAGCUGAUUCCUGGGAUGCGGAUGAUUUUGUCUAGGUUCCUCCACCCUUAACCAUGGGUGGGAAAUAGUUAUAUGAGAGGGAAGGGCUUCUCUGCCCCUGCCUCGCACGCAUUUUAAAUAGGCAGCAAAGAGCCAUCCCAACCUACCUGGCUGCUGGUCUCCAGGCGGGUCCCUGCCCUGCGCUGCAAGCCCGUGCAAUCAGGCCCCUUAACCAACAGUCUUCUGCUUCCCAUUCCCAGAAGGUGCUGGAAGCCCCUGGGAUGCUGGCAUCCAAGGACGUCGCCAUUAUCGCAGAUCCCCUGGUUCCCGACAUCCCCUUCCCAUCCCCCCCUUACUGCUUAGCCUUAGCGCCAUUGCCCUCCUGUUUUUCUCAGCUCUAGUCAGGCAUUCCUUUCUCACUUCCUGCCUUUCGCCUGUGGAAAUGUCUCCCAGCUGGAGGGGUCUGGGGGUUGGAAGGGCACCACAUUCUGUGGAGCUGGAGCUCUGGGGGGUGUUACUGUCUGUGUGGCCGCAAUGGGCACAGGCCCCCUCCCGGUCAUGGCCUCUGUGGGCACUCAGGAAUUCACCCCAGGUCAGGUGUCAUGGGUGUGGAUGGGUAGAAUGGGACAGAGAAAGGCCUUUUAAAGUGGGGGCUGUAGCCUCCUCCUCCCAGAGGGAUUUCAAAUUGAGGCAGUGUUCCAGCAAGCACCCUUCCCUUGGUGUGGCCUCUUCGUCCUUUGGGAACCCCUCGGAGCAGGAGGCCAGUGCUGUGGGCGACCCGGUUGCUCCCUGUGGGAGCAGUUCUGGAGCUGAGGUGGGAGCUGGGGAUGUGCCCUCCCGUCUCCGCGUCAGUGUGCUCUGACGACCCGUCCACUGCCUUCCUCAGGUUGUGGAAAAGUGGGUCCCCUUGGAGCAGGGUGUCUGAAAAUGCUAUUUAUUAUAGGUAUUUGCACUACCCAGUUUCUCGAGGGGCGUGGGCCUGCUCCAGUUCCCCUUUGUCAGCUAAAGGCAAAGAAGGAAGACAGCUGACGUUUGUGUUCAGGACCCCAGGGUGGAAACAUGGUGAGCCCCUGUACCAGAGCCCCGCUGCCCAGGCUGGCCUCUGCUUUGUUUCGAUAGAGGCUGGCUGUGCUUUCGACCCUUGCUGGGGAGGUUUCCUGUUUUUGCCCCACAAGAAGACAAGCCACAGGGCACUGGAAGUAGGAGCAAGCACCCUCCCCUGGCCAGAGUCCCGGCCAUCGUACCCCCUGCCCUCCGCCUGUAGUCUUGCUGGCAUCGCCAUGUGCACAUCCUGGCAUCACUCCUGCCCUUUCCCCGAUGACUGAUGCCCACUGGGUCUGACAUUCCAAGUAACCAGCAUAUAACUGAUAGUUUGAUUCCAAUAGCCAUAGAGACUCCGGGUGGGAGUGCGGGGUCUCAGCCGCCUGUCCUGGCCAGGUACCUUAGAGAGUGUGACCUCGCUCCAGACCCUUGCUUCUUUCCCUGCAAAGGGGGAGUUCCUAGGGUGCUAAGUACUUGCCAGCACAGUGUGGUGGGAGCCAGUUUCCUCAUAUAGGUGUCUGCUUAGCCAAGAACACUAAGGGUGACUGGCCCAGGGACGUCCUUCCUCCUCUGGUUUCAAAGAUGUGCAACGAGGUUUAAAAAACCAUGUUUGAUUCCUAACCUUUUGCUAUCUGAAUAAAGCUGAGUUUAUUUCAACAAAUGUGUCUGUUCUGUACGUCCCUAAGCGAGACCCAGGAGA